CUGUGUCCGGCAGGAUAUCCGGAUUCGGCCAUCUUACCCAACAAGAAAAUGGCGUCUACGCGUAGAUUAGGUUAGUGCGUAUGUGUUUGACAGGUUUGACAACUAAACCGGUUAACCGCUGAGCACCGUUGAGCAUAUUAAUUGCGAUUAUCGAGUGUGUUUUUUCGAUAUCGUGCCAUAAUGACAAGCAACAGCGGCAUUAGAGCGGCAUUGGAGCUGCCAUUUUGUUGUAGGUAACAUGGCUGAAACCGGAUAUCCUUCCUGCCUCAAUACUGUCAUAUGCUAAUGCCACAGGUUAGCGAUCUAGUUUAGUAUAGAUAUCUGUGUGUGCGAGGCCCUUUACCUACUGCACUCGAAAACGCUAUGAGUAGAUGGCGCUGUAAACACUUGUAACGAAGAAAGCAUAGAAGUUUGUAACUCUAGAGAACUAUUGGUACUUAGACUCCUCUGCAGUCUGAUAUCCAGGGCCUCUUUGAAAGUUUGUAACCCCUCAAUAGAUUUACACAGCAGAAAUAGUUGAUAUGGCAGAACUAUUGCUGGAUCCCAAUAUCCGAGGCUGGGUAUUCUUACCUAUAGUAGUAAUUACGUUUCUAGUCGGUAUAAUCCGUCACUAUGUUUCGAUAUUGCUCGCCUCGCAAAAGAAAGUCGAGCUUCAUCAGGUGCAAGAUAGUCAAGUUAUGAUACGCUCCAGAUUGCUCCGAGAGAAUGGACAGUAUAUACCAAAAGUAGGUUUUAUGACCAGGAGACAUUUCUUCAACAAUGAAGAGACUGGGUAUUUUAAGACUCAGAAGCGUCCUCCUGUUUCUCAAAAUCCUAUGACUGAUCCAAAUAUGAUGACUGAGAUGCUCAAGGGAAAUGUAACCAAUGUUUUGCCUAUGGUACUGAUUGGUGGUUGGAUCAACUGGAUGUUCUCUGGAUUUGUGACAACUAAAGUGCCAUUUCCAUUAACACUACGUUUCAAGCCAAUGCUACAACGGGGUAUAGAAUUAGUUACGCUGGACGCUGCAUGGGUUUCUUCGGCUUCCUGGUACUUUCUCAAUGUAUUUGGACUAAGGUCCAUUUAUACACUUGUACUUGGUGAGAAUAAUGCUGCGGAUACUACGAGAUUAGUGCAAGAUCAAGUAUCAGGAGCUGCGAUGUCUAUGCCGCCCGAUCCAAAAGCAGCCUUCAAGUCUGAAUGGGAAGCAUUAGAGAUUUGUGAACAUAAUUGGGCGCUGCAGGGAGUAGACAUCGAAUUCAUGGGUAUCCAAUCGAAAGUGGACAUGGCUGAUAGUAUAUAUCAUCAAGGCAAAGCAAAUUGAUAUUUAGUAAUCAAAUUAUAUUUACUGUAUAAAUUCCAAAUCAAUUUGCAACAUAUGUCUAACAUAUAAGAAUUUUUGUUUUUAAUAAAUAAAAUAAUAUAAUAUA